GCUCCAAGCUCGGGGGCGUUGUAGACCCCAGGUAGGGGGACAGAGCCCAGGUAAGGGAGAUCCCCGGGGCAGUGGGGGCUGCAGGCCCACCCAGGUAGGGGUGCAGACCACAGGUAGGGGGGCUGCCCCUGCCCUGGGGGGCUCCCGGGGGCAGCGAUCCAGGCUGGGUCCCUGUGAGCCCUGGGGGAUGCUCCAGCGUCAUCCCCUGCUCCAGGGGAAACUGGUUUGUCCCCCAGCAGGAUGAGCCCCCAGUGCUCUCUGGGCACCCCCAGGGAUGGACCUGGGGAACCCUGGAGCAGCCCAGGGCCUGGGAAGCACUGGGGGAUCUGCCAGCAGGAUUUCCCUUUGGCUCAGGGCUGGAGUGCCCAGCUGGGCUCUUCCAGCUCGGGAAGAGCCCCCUGAGCUCCCCUUGAGACCCCUGUCCCUGGGAGUUUUUUGCAUUGAUCAUCUUAACUUAUAUUUGUUUCUCCCCCUUUUUGUCCCGAUCGUCACUGUGCUGUGCUCAGCCCCAGCAGGGCUCAGCUCCAGGCUGAGCAGGGGGCUCUGGGCUGGGGAUUUAGGGGCUUAUUUUAUCCUGGAUGGAUAAGGGAGCAGCUCCUAGUUGAGAAGGGAGCCCUGGAGGUGCCUCACUCCCCCGGCACCAACAGAGGGGCUGUGUUGGGGCGUGUCACGUCUAAGUAAGUGAGUUUAUCAGGUGCUGCAGGGCUGGGAGCCAGAGAUUUCCCUCGGCUUGCGUAAGACUGAGCAGCAGGGCUGGGGCUGGGGGAAGGAUCCGGCCCCAGUGCCCUGCCCACGGUUUUGCAAUGGCUGUGGGGUCAGUGGGCGAGCGUCACGGCGCCGUCCCCGUGAUGGGCACAGAUCCCAGACAGCACCCAGGUCCCAGUGGGGCAGUGUAUGCCAGGUGGCAGGAUAAACCCAGCUCCCCGGAGGGCUGAGUGCUGGGACAGACCCAGCUCUCCCAGUGUGGUGCCAGGAUGAAUCCAGCUCUCCUGGUGGGGCUGGGUGUGGGGACAGCCCCAGCUCUCCUGGUGGGGUUGGCACGUGUGGGUUCAGGACAGACCUGUCCUGACUCGCAGCCUUGGGCACCUGACAACCCCUGAGCCCGUAACCGAGAGAUUUAUGACUCCUCUGACCUUGCAAAUUGCUGAGUCAGAUGGGGAAGGUUUUUUGCUGCAUUCCCUGGCUUUAAAAAACCCUGCAGGUUCCCAAAGCUUGGAAGCCCUCCUGCCGUGGCCCCAGCCCUGUCCCAGCACGAGGAUCAUCCCCAGGCCGUGGCAGGAGGGAGCAGCUGGUGCUGAGCAUGCUGAGGGUCAAUUCUCUGCGUCCUCCUCCCAGGGAGGGGUGCAGUGUCCCCUGCUUCCUGAAGGCACCACAUCAGCUCUGGGGGCUGCAGCCUUGCCAAACCUCAGGGGGAAUCAGGCAGAAGGAGGACGGUGCCAUGGCUGAGAAGAUGUCACUGAGCCCCGGCGUGGGCAUCACGCCGCUGCAGCAGAUGCUGGCCUCGGGGACAGGCGCCAUCCUCACCUCCCUCUUCGUGACGCCGCUGGACGUGGUGAAGAUCCGGCUGCAGGCCCAGAGGACCCCGUUCUCCAAAGCCUUGCCAGCGCAGGCAGUGCCCUGGGGCGCUCAGCCGGCCACAUGGAAGUGUUUCCUCUACUGCAACGGGCUCAUGGACCACCUGUACGUCUGCCAGAAUGGCAACGGCUGCACCGCCUGGUACAAGGCCCCCACCCACUUCACCGGCACACUGGACGCCUUCGUGAAGAUCACACGCUACGAGGGCAUCAGGUCCCUGUGGAGCGGCUUGCCCCCCACCCUGGUCAUGGCUGUGCCAGCCACCGUCAUUUACUUCACCACCUACGACCAGCUCCGGGACUACCUGCACGCCCGGACGGGAAGUCGGGGUCCCCACAUCCCCUUGCUGGCCGGGGCCCUCGCCAGGCUGGGUGCCGUGACGGUCAUCAGCCCCCUGGAGCUGAUCCGCACCAAGAUGCAGUCCCGGCAGCUCAGCUACCGCGAGCUGGGCGUCUGCAUCCAGUCAGCAGUGGCCCAGGAUGGCUGGCUGUCCCUCUGGAGAGGCUGGGGACCCACCGUGCUGCGGGACGUCCCCUUCUCGGCUCUGUACUGGUUUAACUAUGAGUUGGUGAGGGCGUGGCUCUGCAGGCAGGCCUGGCUGGAAGAGGCCACGUUCAUGGUCAGCUUCACAUCUGGGGCCAUCUCUGGCACGGUGGCCGCAGUGCUGACGCUGCCCUUCGACGUGGUCAAAACCCAGCGGCAGAUCGAGCUGGGAGACAGCGAGCUGCACCCAGUCUCAGCCUCCAAGCCUUCCUCCACCUGGCUGCUCAUGCAGCGGAUCCGCGCCGAGUCUGGCACCCGGGGGCUGUUUGCAGGCUUCCUGCCCCGUGUCAUCAAGGUGGCACCUGCCUGCGCCAUCAUGAUCAGCACCUACGAGUUCGGCAAGACCUUCUUCCAGAAGCUGAACCAGGAGCGGCGGCUGCGGGGGUUGUGAGCAGGACUGGGGCAGGGCUGUGUGUGGCCAUGCCCAGGGGACAGUGCCAGCCCUGCUCUGGCUGGGAAUCCCGUGCCCAGGGGACAGUGCCAGCCCUGCUCCGACCGGGAGCCCCGGGAGCAGCGAUCCACGCUAGGGCUGUGCAGAGCCCAAGUGCCUUCAUCCCGCACUCUGCCUCCCCACGCACGGAGCCAGGGCCCCCACUUGCAAUCCCAGCCACUCUGGGGGACAUCUGUGCCUGCUGCUGUGACACUGGGGGGGACAUGGACCCCCAAACACUCAUCCCUUGGGGCUGGACUGAUGCUGCUGCUGCUGCUACUGGAUUUAUGGACACUCUGGCAAGGAUGGGGUGUCCCAGGAGACUUGGCCUGGCAGGAGAUGGAGCUGGGGCUCUGGCGAGGACCAAACCCCAAACCUCGGAGGAUUCUCUGCCUGCCUGGGCCCCCCAGCCCUGCUCUGCCUGGGGGUCUGCCCCUCCUCCAUCACUCACGCACAGCCUCCCCUUGCCAGCUCUGCAUGGGGACACGUCAGGACCCUCUCCCUGCCUCCAGACCUCUCACUGGGGGUGUCCUUGUCCCGUGCCAGACCCUGGGUCGGACAGACCCUGCAUGGGGACAGACCUCGCUGCUGCUCCAGGGGGCUGAGGGACACGGUGGCACCCCCUGCCCUGUCCCUUCACUGCAGGGGCCUGCCCCAGCUCUGCGGGCACGGCCCCCACCUUCCCCUGGAAUUCAUGUGGGGGGAAUUCCUCUUAUUUUCUUAAAUAAAACAAAAAUUUGUCUCAUA